AUGGGGUCUGUCAACACGCCGGCUAAUCCAAAGACGCGUGCGACCUCACACUGGGCCUGGCUACAUUCUCACCAGCCCUCACACAAUCAUAUCUCCCCUCAUACGUCGGGACGCACCCGGCCACGUAUGGGGUCUGUCAACACGCCGGCUAAUCCAAAGACGUGUGCGACCUCCCACUGGGCCUGGCUACAUUCUCACCAGCCCUUACACAAUCAUAUCUCCCAUCAUACGUCGGGACGCACCCGGCCACGUAUGGGGUCUGUCAACACGCCGGCUAAUCCAAAGACGCGUGCGACCUCACACUGGGCCUGGCUACAUUCUCACCAGCCCUCACACAAUCAUAUCUCCCCUCAUACGUCGGGACGCACCCGGCCACGUAUGGGGUCUGUCAACACGCCGGCUAAUCCAAAGACGCGUGCGACCUCCCACUGGGCCUGGCUACAUUCUCACCAGCCCUCACACAAUCAUAUCUCCCCUCAUACGUCGGGACGCACCCGGCCACGUAUGGGGUCUGUCAACACGCCGGCUAAUCCAAAGACGCGUGCGACCUCCCACUGGGCCUGGCUACAUUCUCACCAGCCCUUACACAAUCAUAUCUCCCCUCAUACGUCGGGACGCACCCGGCCACGUAUGGGGUCUGUCAACACGCCGGCUAAUCCAAAGACGCGUGCGACCUCACACUGGGCCUGGCUACAUUCUCACCAGCCAUCAUACUAUCACUUGGGCCUGGCUACAUUCUCACCAGCCAUCAUACUGUCACUUGGGCCUGGCUACAUUCUCACCAGCCAUCUUACUGUCACUUGGGCCUGGCUACAUUCUCACCAGCCAUCAUACUGUCACUUGGGCCUGGCUACAUUCUCACCAGCCAUCUUACUGUCACUUGGGCCUAGCUACAUUCUCACCAGCCAUCAUACUGUCACUUGGGCCUGGCUACAUUCUCACCAGCCAUCUUACUGUCACUUGGGCCUGGCUACAUUCUCACCAGCCAUCAUACUGUCACUUGGGCCUGGCUACAUUCUCACCAGCCAUCUUACUGUCACUUGGGCCUGGCUACAUUCUCACCAGCCAUCUUACUGUCACUUGGGCCUGGCUACAUUCUCACCAGCCCUCUUACUGUCACUUGGGCCUGGCUACAUUCUCACCAGCCAUCUUACCGUCACUUGGGCCUGGCUACAUUCUCACCAGCCAUCAUACUGUCACUUGGGCCUGGCUACAUUCUCACCAGCCAUCAUACUGUCACUUGGGCCUGGUUACAUUCUCACCAGCCCUCUUACUGUCACUUGGGCCUGGCUACAUUCUCACUAG